AUGGCUCUGGCGGUAUUGAGUACGAUUGCUCGUUUUAUGCUGCCCGGAGAGGGAGCGGAGGAUGUUCAACCGUGUUCGAUAAUUAGUCCUGACAUCAUUAAGGUGGGUGCCGAACCGAAAGUUCCGGUCAAUCGUGAUCCCGAGGAUCCGAUUAUCUCGGUAAGCAUUGAGCUGUUCGAGUACCGGCCGGCCUUUUCGCACUUAAUGGAAUUCUUCAUGCUGUACGACUGGGGCAAGCAAGCCUGUGAUAAUGCACUGAACUCGGCCGCCAUCAAGCAGGUGCUGGAAUCCAGAGAUCAAUACGAUCUGGUACUGGUGGAACAGUUCAACAACGAUUGUUUUCUCGGUGUGGUCCAUAUGCUGAAUGCUCCCUUCAUCGGGUUGAGCAGUUGCCCGUUGAUGCCGUGGCAUUACGAUCGGGUCGGUAAGCCGAUCAACCCAUCCUACAUCCCGUCGCUGUUCAUGGACUACUCGGAGAAGAUGAGCUUCUCCCAGCGAACGGCCAACUUCAUCACGGCCUAUGCCUUCAAGUUCCUGUACAGUUGGUUCAAUGACAAUACCAGUAUGAUGCGAUGA